AUGGAUGUCGCUAUGCUAUUCCCAGAGGCCCUGUCCCCAGCGCCUGAAGUCUCUCCAAAUCUGGCUACUAUCAAAACGCCCCUUGUUCCAAAAACUUUCGCGAGCAUCGUCUCUAACAAUGUUUGCGAUAUCCCCUUCAGUCAGCUUCCACAAGCUUGUGUCAAAGGUGAUCGUCUUGCAAUCACAAUUCCGGAGGAAGAAUAUAAGUUGGGUGUUGAGGCCUGUAAACAUCAUCUCCAUGGGAGGGUAGUUUGGUCCAAAGGAGCAACGCCUCUAACAGUGGUCAAUCUAAAAUCGAAGCUUAUGACCAUGUGGCCUUCAAUCGAAAAAUGGGGUAUAACUUCUUUAGGGAAAGGUUUCUUUGAGUUUGCCUUUUCCUCUCUUGAAGAUGUGCAACGUGUUAGAUCGGUUAGUACUUGGAGCUUACCUCAGGGCAUUCUCAAACUAUUCCCUUGGACAAAGGACUUCACACCGGCAACCCUAAAGCAAACGUCUGCCCAGGUAUGGAUUAGAAUACAUGGGCUUUCUCAGGAGUACUGGCGGCCUAGGAUUCUUUUUGCUAUUGCUAGUAGCGUAGGGACGCCCAUUUGUAUUGACUCAGCAUCCAACAAAUCGGCAUUUGAGAGACCUUUUGGACACUUUGUUCGUGUGCUUGUGGAUCUGGAUAUGACGAAAGAGCUUAGUUACAAAAUUCUUGUGGAGAGAAUCGGCUUUGCUUUCUUCGUGGAUAUAGAGUACGAAAAACUUCCUGACUUCUGCACUUUCUGCUGUUGUAUUGGCCACUCCUUCAACAAUUGCAAGAGGAAAGAGGUGAAAAAGGACUUAAGCAAGGAAAAUGAGAAAAGAAAUGGGAAAGAUGCUUCAAUACCAGUAAUCACAAAGAACACUGAAUCUGACAAGGUUGUGGUUUCCAAUGGUACCAACCCUGAAUGCUCUAACCCUCUGCCUGAUGUCGUGCCCCCAAGGUCCCAAUUGGCGGAGAAUCAGGAAAAUGGAAAUACAGAGGAAGGAAUAAUUGUGGUAAGUUCUAAAAGCGGUACAUCCAAUGAAGAAGACAACAAAUCUGAAAGUGAAUAUGUAGAUGCCACUCAAGUGGUUGAAUUUGUUCCAGAAACACAAAUUGAUCCGGCGCAUAAAGCACAAGUAACCAACUUCCUGAGGGAUUCUUGGGACAACAUGGCUGAAAAUGAAAAGGAUGAUGAUAAUGGAGUUGACCUAUUCCCUGAUAAAGAUUUCCAAUUAGUGCUCAACAAAAAAAGAAGGAAUAAGAAAGCCCUUUCUUUAACCAACACUAGGCUCAAACCUAGUACCAACAAUCUGUCCUUAUGA